AUGCAUAUCAUAAAGCCUGUUUGGCUCACGCAUGGAGGCGAGCGGAAAGAUUUCGAAGUAUAUAGCUGUGAUGUUUCGCCCGAUGGGAAAAGACUGGUUACUGCUGCCGGAGAUGGAUAUGUACGAAUAUGGUCUACCGAGGCGAUAUACAAUUCAGGUGAUCCAGCGUACGAGGACAAGCCUAAACAGCUAGCUUCUAUGAGCAAUCACUCUGGAACGAUACACACGGUUCGGUUCUCGCCGAAUGGAAAGUACCUAGCUUCUGGUGCGGAUGACAAAAUUGUCUGUGUAUACACUCAAGAAGCAAAUGUUACUGCUCAUGCAACAUUUGGAUCUAAUGAACCUCCCCCUGUUGAAAACUGGCGUACUAUCCGCCGCUUAAUUGGCCACGAUAACGACAUCCAAGACCUGGGAUGGUCCUAUGACUCUUCGAUUCUGGUCUCUGUAGGACUAGAUUCCAAAGUUGUAGUAUGGUCGGGCCAUACCUUUGAGAAAUUAAAGACUCUUUUAAACCACCAGAGUCACGUCAAGGGUAUCACCUUUGACCCAGCGAAUAAAUACUUUGCUACCGCCAGUGAUGACCGCACCGUUCGAAUAUUUCGCUUCAACUCCCCUCUCCCCAACUCUACCGCUCAUGACCAGACACAUAACUUCGUCCACGAAAAGACGGUUAAAAGUCCGUUCGUGAACUCUCCCCUCACCACAUAUUUUCGAAGAUGCUCUUGGUCACCGGAUGGAAACCACAUAGCAGCUGCAAACGCCGUCAAUGGCCCAGUCAGUGCUGUAGCAAUCAUAAAUCGAGGUUCAUGGGAAAGCGAUAUCAAUUUGAUAGGCCACGAAGCACCUGUUGAGGUUUGCGCAUUUGCACCUCGGCUCUACUCGACCCAGCCAAUUCAAAAGCCUAUGCUGGAUAGUCAUGGGAAUGCAGUCCAUAACUUAGUGACCGUUAUUGCUUGCGCAGGAGGCGAUAAGUCGCUAAGUAUAUGGAUCACAAGCAAUCCAAGGCCGAUAGUCAUAGCACAGGAUAUUUCCGUCAAGGCAAUAUCCGAUCUAGCAUGGAGCCCUGACGGGAACAAUUUAUUCGCCACAGCCCUUGACGGAGCUAUCAUAGCAGUGCGGUUCGAAACCGCGGAAUUAGGCCAUCCAAUGCCCAUUGAGGAGAACGAAAAGUCACUAUCGAAGUUCGGAACAAACCGAAGAGGCGCCGGCAUGGUCGAAUCUACAGACGGCCUACUUCUCGAGGAGAAGAGCAAAGCCGGUGAACUACGUGGAGUAAAGGGCAGAAUGGGAGCGCUGAUGGGAGACAGUCAUGCUGAUGCUGAUAAUGCAGUUAAUGGGGAAGCAGAUGCAACAGCCACAACGACCACUCCCCAGAAAGCUACCCAGAGCGAAAAGGUAGCCCAAAGCGGAGCUACUAACGGGGCAGAUUCAGGUCAGGCGAAGCAGGACCCGUAUGCCGUGAAACUGGACAAGUUGAAACAAAGGCCAACCUAUACCAAGGAAGGGAAGAAACGCAUUGCACCGCUUCUAGUAUCAGGAGCUGUGGGAACCCAGUCCUCACUUCCACAGACAAAAUUAGUUGCUGCGUCAAUGAAUACUCAAGGCACGUCGGAGGGGCCGCAGUCAGUCCUUGACUUGUCAAAACCAUUCGACGGCCUACCAAAAGGUGGACUGGCCGCCUUGUUAUUUGGUAACAGACGGAAGUUUUCUCAAUUAGGAGACGACGAAGAUGGAUCUGCUGAGAAAAGGAUUGCUACUGCAAGAGACAACGGUGUUAUCCCCAUUCUAUCCAACACGCCAGAUGGACUUGUACCUGCAGUCCCUACACCCAGUGAACCCCAGGAAACGCCCAGUUUUAUUAGACCCGCGGUAGUCAACCCCUGCAUGGCUGUCAGCCAACUUCGUCUUGCAGUUCCUAAAAUAAGGAGCCAUAUCCUCCAAGGCAUAGAUUCAUUUGGAAACCCCAAGGACGUAUCCGGUAAUACGGACAGCACAAAGGCAAGAGUCGACAUUGUCUUUGAAGCACGAAACCCUUCUCAAGCGAGUUUGACUGGACGCAGUGCCGAUAAAGAACCCGUGCGCAUCAGUCUUAAUCGUGGUGAUCAGCCGUUAUGGCAAGACUACCUCCCUAAAGCCGUUAUACUUGUUACUGGCAACAAGAAGCUCUGGGCGGCGGCGUCUGAAGAUGGCUCCAUAUAUAUCUGGACACCCGCCGGAAGACGCCUCCUCAAUGCUCUAGUGCUUGAAUCUCAGGCGGUGGUACUAGAGUGUAUGGAGUCGUGGGUACUAUGCAUCACUGCCGUAGGGAUGUGUUAUGUGUGGAAUAUUAGCACGCUUUCAUCUCCUCAUCCUCCGAUUUCACUUCAGCCAGUUUUGGACGCAGCUCUUCACACAAUGACAGGCCAUGCCACCGCUGUCCCAUCCAUAGUUGCAUCACGAAUCAGCUCGGAAGGUCGAAUAAUAGUCGGCCUAUCCACAGGAGACGGCUACAGCUACUCACCGUCAUUGUAUACUUGGCAGAGACUGUCAGAGCCAUGGUGGGCUGUGGCAAGUCAGUACUGGAACUCCACCGAAGCUCCGGUUGGAAACCUACAAGUACGAGGGCAGGCAGAAGGCGAGUCUGCAGCUCCCGUCUCUGCAGGAAUAGUCCCCUUCCUCGAACGAAAUACGACCCAGGAGGUUCUCGCGCGGGGCCGUGGACAUUUCUUACAACGCCUAAUCAAGAUCCUCCUCUCCCGUGAAGGGUUCGAGAGCUUUGAAGCUUCUGCCUCCAUAGCUCAUCUAGAGAACCGAGUUGCUGCCACUCUAUCUCUUGCUGCCAAGGAGGAGUUCCGCAUGUACCUUUCCAUGUACGCCAAACGACUAGGCGCAGAAGGGGCAAAACUAAAGGCCGAGGAGCUACUAGAAGACAUACUCGGCGGCGUCUUCGAGGACAAGGCUGCAGAGGAGGAGCAGGCAAAGCAGAACCGUCAACCUGGACAGCCUGAACAGAGGUCCUGGUUGAACGAGUCAGAUACGCUAUGUGGAUGGCCGCGUCGGACAUUGCUCAAGGACGUGAUUCUAGCAUUUGGUAAGCAUCCUACCCGUCUUCUACUCCUGUCUCGACCAAUGCUAACUCUUUUAGGGAUACUCGACGAGAGUCAGGAUGACGACGAUACCAUGGCUGUUUAG